GCUGUCUUCAGUUAAGUCAGUCAGUGUCUCUGAAGGUAUUGUAUGUUGGGAUUGGGAUGUUAAAAUUGAAACGUCAAAUUCGUCGUAUUUGUACUGUUUGUUAUCGUUUUGAGUUUCUUUGGACUAUGAACUUUCUAUUGGAUUAGAAUAAAUUAAGUUAAAAAAAUUGACAAAAUAAUUCAUAAAAAUGUCUCAACCACAUCGGAGUGCAGUUUUGAAUCUUUAUAAAACGCUGUUGUAUCUGGGUCGCGACUGGCCUCAAGGUUACGACCUAUUCCGUAAAAGACUUCACAAAGUUUUUACUAAGAAUAGUAGAGAAGAAAAUCCAGAAAAAAUAAGGAUUAUGGUAAAACAUGGAGAGUUUGUUGUUAAAGAAAUUGAAGCACUUUACAAACUAAAGAAGUAUAGGGCUAUGAAGAAACGGUACUAUGAUGAAAACUGAGGUGGUGAGUUGUUAUGUUUGUAUAUAAGAUUAAAAUUGAUUUUUAUGAAAUUGAUUUGAUAUAAACAUACCUAAACAUGUUUUAUAUAAGUAACAAAAUGUAAAUAAUAUUACCUGUUAUGUAUUAGUUAUUUAAAUGAAAUAAAUGCCUUAAAUUAAUAGUUUGUAUGUUGUUAUUUAACGCAGAUAGGGGUGCAAAAGAAAGCCAGUGAUCUAUGUAAUUAUGUAUUAUAGACAUUUUUAUAGUUUACAUAAUUCAUUACUAUUAUAAACUCUAGUAAAAAUUAAAUUGUGUA